GCUGAAAAUGCAUUCACAGUUUUCAAGAAUUAUAUCCCUGAGUUUGUUGAUGUUAUACUGAAAGCUUUGAGCGAUCCCAAACUGGUUAUUCGUGAACGAGCAGCUGAAGCCGUGCGUGCACUUGCACAUUCCAACAUGCAGGCGGCGGCAGACUGUGGAGUGAAGAAGGUGAAACGGGAGGGAAUCGAUCUGAUCAGUGACCUCCCGGAUGAGACGCUCUGCACCAUCAUCUCCUUCCUCCACACUGAUGAUGCCGUGCGCACUUCUGCCCUCUCUCGCCGCUGGCGUCACCUGUGGCGCUCCGCUCCGAUCAACCUUGACACUGCCCAUAUCCCUGGGUUUUGUCCCGAGCAAAUUGAGGUUGUAACCGAGAUCCUUUCUGAGCACCAGGGCCCCAUACGCCGCCUUCACCUCAACAGCCUCUAUUUUGCUGAUCUUGAUGGCUGGUUCAGGUCCCCAGCCCUUGCUAAUCUUCAGGAGUUCGACAUCUAUGUCGCUAAAUUUGAUGAUGUGCUGCCACUGUCUGUGCUCCGCUUCGCACCGACCCUCCGUGUGGCCCGCAUUGCCCACUGCAGCUUCUUUGAGGAUGAGGAGGUCCCAGUAUUUAACUUCCCAUACCUGAAAACACUCGUUCUGGGCUUCCUUUCUGUAUAUGAAGGCACCCUCCACAGCAUUCUCUCUGGCUGCCCUGUCCUCGAGGACCUGCUGCUUGACAGUUGUGAUGGCUUCAGGCGCUUGGUGAUCAACUCGCAGACACUUAGGAGCAUCGGUGUCUGUAAUGAUAUGGGCAGCAUGAGUGAAAUAGUCAUCGAGAAUGGCCCUUGCCUGGAAAGAUUCGUCAGAUCAGAUUUAUUUCGCAGAACCAGCCCACUGCGCAGAGCACCAGUCUUCCGGGUAAUUAGUGCGCCGAAACUGGCGAUCUUGGGCUCACUGACAGACAACGUUGAUAAACUCAAGCUUGGAACCAGAGUUUCACAGGAAAUGGUCGCUGGUAACCUGGAAAUGUUGAUGCGAGGUGUUAAGGUUUUAAAUAUCACGUCUAGUGGCCCUAAUCUUGAUGCAGUUCUUGGCUUCCUCAGAGUCUUUUCUUUCUUGGAGAAGCUAUACAUAAUGUCAUCUCUGCAGAAGGAUAUGCAAAAUGUGCAUCAUCAUGAGCCAACAGCUCUGAUUGAGUCUCUUCACCAUAUCAGAUAUGUAGAGUUGAAGUGUUACACGGGCACGGAUUCGGAUGUUGACUUUGCUAAGUUCUUUGUUCACAAUGCUAAGGCGCUUGAGUUGAUGAAAUUUGUUGUCGAAGGCAGAUGCACUCAGAAAUGGAGAACUGAUCAAUACAAGUGCCUACAGUUUGAUAGCAGGGCUUCUCCAAAUGCUCUAUUGGAUUUUAGAUCUUACUCUGGUCAUGCAUAUCCUGCUGGAUGUAUCCGAAGGGGCAAUCACCAUAAUGAGCAUGUCCUGUCCAUGGCUAAUCCCUUCGAUAGCUCUUCUUGUAGUCACUGCAGAGAUGCCUGA